CAACUGUAGUCUGUGGAGGCAAUAACAAAUAAUUUCAUUGUUUGGUCAACAAAAAUAUAUAGUGACUGCUCACUGCAAUACUAAUGCAAGAUAUUACAACAUAUUUUUACAGAUGUGUUACUGAAACACGUAUUUAGAUACAGCUUUAUUGAAAAAUUACAAGUUCAUUGCCCCGUGCAUUUGGUACUGUUACCUGAGAGUACAAUAACAUCUGUUAUUGACUAGUUCAGAACAAAAGACUAAAAGAUGUGGUCGCAUUUAGAACGUGGCAGUUCGCCAGUGGAUUGGUGUGAAUCUAACUAUUCUAUUACACCUAUGAUAGCAGAGUUUGUUAAUACAAUAAGCAAUGUUCUCUUCUUCUUACUUCCCCCAGUAUUAAUACACCUAUUUCAAGGCUAUGCAAAGUUCUUUAAUCCUGCAAUUAAUGUCUUAUGGUUGUUGUUAAUGGUGGUUGGGUUAAGUUCUGCCUAUUUUCAUGCUACCUUAAGUUUAGUUGGGCAACUUCUAGAUGAGUUAGCAAUACUUUGGGUGUUCAUGGCAGCAUUUGCAACAUUUUUUCCAAAAAGAUAUUUUCCAAGUUUCUUAGGUGGUAAUAGGAGAUUGUUAGCGUUAUUUGCUAGCGUAUUCUCCGUGUUAUCGACGGGAUUUCUCGUGAUGCAUCCAAAAGCCAAUGCGUUCGCUCUGAUGACUCUGGCAGUACCAGCACUUGUAUUUCUUUGCAAAGAAUUAAAAAGAGUAAAAUGUGCGCGCGUUUACCGUCUCGGUCUGCGAUGUGUUGCUGUGAGUCUUCUGGCAAUGUUCUGCUGGAUUAUCGACCGAAUGUUCUGUGACGCCUGGCUUUAUAUAAACUUCCCGUACCUGCAUGGAGCCUGGCACAUUCUCAUCUUCAUCGCAAGUUAUACAGCCUUAGUUCUUUACGCAUAUUUUAAUGUUUCUGAAGAGAGGCCGGAGCAGAAGCCGCAAUUAAAAUACUGGCCGAAAAAUGAUUUUGAAUUAGGAAUACCAUAUAUAACAAUAAAACAUCCGUACAAAAAGGAUAAUUUAGCUAUUUAAUUUUUUUUUUAAAUUUACUUUUGUGACUUAGCCUGAAAUGAUUUUAUUAUCAGUAUAUACUAUCUGUGAUGUAUAGUUUUACUAACAGUGAUUAAGUGCAAUUUGUAGUUUUUAAGAUUUCCAAAGUAUUUAUUUAAGUUACUAAAUCAAUAAAAGUAUACCGUUUCAUUUGGUAGCUAGCUUGGUACAAAACUGAUGAAUUUUUAAUUAGUUUAUUAGUUUUAACUAAUUGUUUGUCAUAUUUUAUACUAUUAUACAUUUUUCACACACAUAAAAUAUAUUUUAUUCAAAUACUAAUGUAUGAAGUGUGUACUAGUUCAAUAAUUAAUAUUGCCAAGUUUAUUAU